CGAAGGCGAUCUAUCUGUACUAGAUAAGCUCUUUCUUUCUGUUAUUACAUGUAUUGAUAAAGAGGGUACAUCGUUCAUAUAUAAUCAUUCUUUCAAAAUAAUGUGAGUUUGUUCGAUUGCAAAACUCGGACGAUAAACAACAAUUUCCAAGUGCAUCAAAAAUUAAUAUAACUAUAAAAUAUAAGUUCUUCGUAUAAUCAUAUAAAAUCAAAAAAUUUACGCAAUCAAAACAAAUAUGCAUUUCAUACUUAUGCUAUUUCUUCUCGUAUCCAAACAAUAUACAUGUGAAGGAAGUCCAGGAAUUUUCGUAUCGUCAAAUUUUUGGCAUGUGAAUGAUAAGCCAGUUUUAGCAAAUGGUCACAUCGGUUUUGUUCCAUACGGCGAUGCAAUUUACAUGAAUGGUUUGUACAAUGGAUUCAAAGGCGAUAGUCAUCGUGCUCGUAUUCCAAAUUAUGCAAACAUUCAAUUUGAACCGUGUGCUCAACAAACAAAAAAUUCGAAAUUUGUGUGUUCAUAUGCUCUUGAUAUUUAUAACGGUGUGUUUCGUACACAAACACAAUUGAAUGAUGGGCUUUUUACCGUGGAACAAAUUCAAUAUGCACAUCGAUACUACGAUACAGUACUUGUGAAUCAAAUCCGAGUGAAACGCAACCAAAACACAUCGAAUGAGAAAUUACAGCUGCACCUGCAUCAUAUAAAUGUUACUGAAAGUGAUGACUUGUUGAUGACGUCAUCAAGGACUAUUAACAUUUUAAAUAGAUCUGUAACGAUCGUUGAAUCCUUAACGAAACUGCAAGAAGACCCAGUUUAUCAACAUGGUUUAACAUCCGUUUCAGUUCUCCGUGAAGAAAUUCCAAAUGUCAUUGAACUAUCACCGGGAGAGGACGAAAUUGAUUUCAUUUGGAUCACAAUCGUUCAAAAGACCUCAAUUGAUAUUGAGGAAACAUUUAGAAAAGUCCAUCACAAUCCAAAUGGGGUACUUCAACUGCAUGCAAAUGAAUGGCAAACGUUUUGGACGGAAAAACAGAUUUCUGCUGAAGGAAAUGAUGAUUUAUCGAAUGCAAUUGAUGCUAGUAUUUAUGCGUUGUCUUCAGCAUUACCGUCGCUUAAUUCAUAUCGGACGAGAGCCAAGUAUUUUGGGUUGAGUCCAGCUGGUUUGGGUUUAGAUAGAAAAUUGGAAGUCUAUAAUGGUCACUCGUUCUGGGACACGGAAGUUUGGAUGUAUCCAUCCUUAUUAUUGUUAGAACCAACUUGGAGCAAAGAACUUUUGAACUAUCGAUAUCAUAUGCGAAAUGCAGCCCGUGAUAAUGCUAUUAAUACCAAUUACGAAGGUUAUAGAUUUCCAUGGGAGUCAGCCUUCACCGGAGUCGAUGUAACCUUAUCUGAUUACCCUCAAAUUGUCAAAUAUCAACAACAUAUUACUGCCGAUAUCGGUCAUGCGUUGCGCAAAUAUUUUUUCGCCACCCAUGAUUUCGAGUGGUUUCGAUCAAUUGGCUGUGACUUAUCGUAUGGGACCGCUAAAUUUUGGGCAAGUCGCGUUUCAUGGAAUGCAACCACACAUCGAUAUGAUAUUAAUGAGAUUAUGGGGCCAGAUGAAGAUCACUACAAUAUCAAUAAUAAUGCGUACUCAAAUGUUGUAGCCGCCCUCAAUUUACACUUUGGGACUUUUGCUUCGUGUUUCUGCCAUCAACUUAAUCCAAACAAAUAUCCCGUAAAUUCCACUUGGUCAUCGAUUGCAAAACACAUAACUCUCUUGUACGAUCGUCAACUUGAUUACAAUCCUGAAUACGACGGCUAUCACUUGAACAUACCUAUAAAACAAGCCGACGUUAGUCUGCUCGGGUACCCUUUGCAAUUCGUGGGUAUUCGUAAAUCGACCCGUCGAAAUAACUUAAAUUUUUACGGAAAUGUUACACGAUUAAAUGGGCCGGCGAUGACAUUUUGUAUGCAUGUGAUUGGUCAUUUGGAAGUUGAUUCAGAAGAGCCUACCGAAGAUAUAUUCAAUCGAACCUACAUACCUUAUAUUCGAUCACCGUAUUUUGUAUGGAAUGAAUAUGUGAACGGCGUUCCAAAUGGUGCAAGUAAUUUCAUCACUGGAGCUGGUGGAUUUUUACAAUUAAUUAUCUAUGGAUAUGCUGGCAUUCGCAUCAAUUCCGACUCAUUGAGCGUAACAAAUCCAAAAUUACCGCCAAAUACAAAGGGACUGAAGCUAAACAGCAUUGCUUAUAUGGACGCACUAAGCAUGAUUUAUAUAAGUCAGAAAAUGGUGCAAAUUGACAUUCGUGAAAAUCGUGAUCGGGUGGAUGUUUACAUUGAUCAAAUCAAACAAGAUAGAUUGCAGAAUUUAUUUGAAUUCAGCCAUGCACAGACAUUGCAAGUGAAACCAAAGAAAAAUUCUUUUGCGGAAUUUUGUGACUUACCGGAUGAUACGGUCGAUGAAUUGAGCAUCAAUUGACAUCAUAUUUCAAACGUUAAACGUUAAUCAAAACAUCAUAUUGCAAUGACUCGCAAUGACAAUAAGCUAUUAAUUAAAUAAAUCGAUACUUCGCAA